CUUGUUUCUGAUAAGACAACGUUAGCGUUCCUGUGCAUUUGUAAAUCAAACAGUCAAACGGUCAACGAAGGAGAGGGUCACAAAACACCCAUCUGAACAGUGCACAAAAAUCUACUGUAGGAAUCCUGAAUUCAACUUUGCACCCGAUGUUCAUCAAAUAGAGAGUUCAAUAUGAGACUGUGGUCGUUUUUACCUCUUGCUCUGAUUGUGCUGGUCAGUCUAGGAAGCAUGCAUUCUGUCAGCUCCCAAUCUCCAUUAUCAGGUAUACCGGACAUGUUGAAAGAUAUGUCCACCCAAGAUAAAGUUGCUCUUAUAGCCGAUAUACUCAUCAAAAAACCUGUAUUGUUUGAAAAACUUGAACAUAUUUUAUUGGGCGCACUUCCUUUGAUUUCAACCUUUAAAAUCAAGCCGGAAAUUAACAUGUUCAUACUUCCUUGGGUUUUGGAUAGUAUUCCAAACGUCCUUCAAAAUCCAAUUUUGUUAAACAUAUCAACUGGCGUAGUGGAUGACAUGAACCACGUGAAUGUCAGUGGUUUGAACACCAGCGGAGUAGAUCCGUUCAUGACUGGAUUCAUGCAGAGAUAUAACCUAGUCGAGUCUGGGAUACGGGCUGCUAUAGACUCCAUCUUAAUCAGCAGAGGCUUAAAUCAACCAUAUUCAAAAUUUGUUGCUUCAAAAUCUACGAAAAUCCUCGAAAAAUAUGGUGUAAAGGUUCUAGAUGCCGCCAUAGAAUACAUCAACACAAUCAGUGUGUCGGGUAUUGCAGCAAAUGAUAGCCGGAUGUCUGAAAUGGAAUUCUGGGAAGGCUUCAGCUUGCUCAGCCUUGUCAGUAGUGUUUUAACUCCAGUUGAACAAUUUCUUCCGAGAGCUGAGGGGAGUUCAAGCUCACCAAAAUGCUACAAUGAUACCAUGAUAUAUCUAAACAAUCUUCUACAAGGGACAACGUGGGCUGUUAAAAUGUUCGACGCUACCGGUAAACCACCCACGGGUACGCUUACCGGUAAUCUCCACUUUGUCGGUUCUUACGAUCAAUGUCUGGCCAUAAAACCGGAGAAGACGGCCACCAACAAGCACCUGUCAGCGACAGGGAGUAGGUACUGCAGAGCCACAUUCGACAUUCCAGCAAAUCUAAUGACCUCGGUGAAAAGUUUUAUCGGAGAUGUGAACACGUAUGGAGUUCCCAUUACUGUCACAUGGGGUUUGUGUCUUCCGUCAACUUGCCAAGAACAUGACGUCACAGACCUGUUUCGAUUAGGUUUUCUUCAAAGUUUCAACCUGGAACCAUCAGUUGUCUGUUACACGGCUCCCGAUCUACAACACGACGAUGGCGCCAUUAUUGUGAUCUUUGUCCUCUGUUUGAUCGCGGCAAUUUGUUUCAUCGCAACAUUAUUUCAUAUCUACCGAUUUGAUGACGACGGAGAAGAGGACGAACCCGUGUUUGCCACCUCAACGGCAGACGCGCAUGACAAUAAGGGAUAUAUACCGGAAGUUGAUGACGAAACGACGUUCUCACCAGGACAAAAAAUAGGUCACGUGGCCAAUGGUCAUAUUAAUGUACCUGAUGAUGAUUCUUUCCAAAUAAAGGAAUCAGGUUGGAAACAAGGAGUCGCCAAGGCGUUUUCUCUUUACCAGAAUAUACCAGACGUGUUGUCAUUUGAUGACGAUCAAGAUUCCAUCCAAUGUGUUCACGGCAUCCGUUUUCUGAGUCUGGCCUGGCUGGUUUUGGGAAACUCUUUCCUUUUUGCUGCUUUGUCUUUAACUAAAGCACCAGUUACUGGUAAUCUAUUGGAAGGUUUGGAAAUGAUGAAGGGUUUUGCGUUUCAAGCUGUAUUCUCAUCUCCCUUUGCCAUAGAUUCCUUCUUUGUCAUCAGUGGGUUUUUGCUGACCUAUAAAUUUCUCAAUAAAUGUACAAAUAAAGGAAAAGUGGAAUGGCAGGCAAUAUUGGGACUCUAUUCCAAUCGCUACAUUAGAAUCACCCCCGUGUACAUGGUGAUCAUGGUCUCCUAUGUGUGGCUGUAUCAUUUUGUCGGGGACAGUCCUGUAUAUCCUAAGGCUAUAGGGGUCGCCGAUAAAUGUAAACAAGAUUGGUGGCAUCAUAUUCUAUUCAUCAACAACAUCGUCGGCACAAGGGGAAACGUUGCCUUUGAACAGUGCAUGCCCUGGUCGUGGUUUUUAGCUUGUAUAAUGCAGUUCUACCUAAUCACCCCAAUACUCUUUAUGAUUUAUCUAUGGUCGUCUGCUCUGGGAUCGGUCUUUGUCGGCCUCCUUUUGACAGCAAGCGUUGUAGCGACAGCGAUCAAAGAGAGGAGGUACCCCGGAAACGUUUUGUCCAUGAUGUCUGACGGCGGGGACUAUUGGAACAAUGUUUUCAUCACCCCCUGGUGUAGGGUCAGUGCCUACUGUGUAGGCAUCCUUCUGGGAUUCUUAUUCGAUACUCUAGAAUCCAGCAAGAAAGUCAAAAUCAGCAAGUGGCAAAAUAUUCUUGGAUGGUUGGUUUCUUUCGGGUUGUUCAUCACUGUUGCCUACACCCCGUUCACCAAGAAUCGUGAGGGAGGGGACCCGUGGACCUCAGUGGAAUCGGCCGUAUACGAGGCCAUGAGUCACGUGGUGUGGGCCGUUGCCCUAUCCUGGGUGAUUUUUGCAUGUACACAAGGUUAUGGAGGUGUCAUCAACUGGGUGCUUUCCUGGCGCGGUUUCCUCCCUUUGUCCCGGUUAUCGUUCGUUGUUUAUCUCAUUCACCCCGUUGUGAUGGUGCUGUUCAUUUACAAUAAACAGGUCUUGGUUUAUAUGAAUACUUUUGAAAUGGCAUACAUGUUUCUUGGCCAUUUGAUUAUGUCGUAUGCUGUCGGCCUUCUCUUUUGUGUUGGUGUUGAGAGGCCUUUCAUUCGCUUACUGAAACUAUUGAAGACGAAGGGGCGGAAGUCCUAAACUUUUUUUUAGAUCGGACUCAAAAUGCAUAUUAUAAAAUAAUGUGUACAAUGUAUACAUGAAUUGACAAUGAACAAGCAGCUAGGAUUUUCAAGCUUUUAGUUGUGUUUUAUGACAUGUUUAUUUUCAGUAUUAAUUUUAAUUAUGGUACAUUGUAAAUACUCUGAAAAAAAAUUGUCCAUGGAUUAUUUUUUAUCCUUAAAUUGUUUACUCAUACCACUGCAAGUUAAUUAAUUAAUAUGUAAAUGAUUUUUUCAAUGUUCAUUUUGAGAGAGAGAGAGAGAGAGAGAGAGAGAGAGAGAGAGAGAGAGAGAGAGAGAGAGAGAGAGAGAGAGAAUAUGGUAUCGCUUAACAAAUACGCAUAUAUUUAUGUAUUUUAAAAAUUGGCAUUAUACAAAGUGUGUAUGCUGAUGUUAAAAUAAAUAUAGAAAUUGUU